AUGUUCUCUCAAGCUAUUACCGUCGCCGUCUUCUUGGUAUCGCUUGCCAGUGCUCAUUUCAGCAUCGAGUAUCCUGAGUCGCGGGGUGACUCCUUCGCAACUGGAGCCUCUCAAUAUAUCUACCCAUGUGCCAACGUCAACCAAACCGCAAAAACCAAUAGAACGACCUGGCCACUGACUGGCGGCUCUCUCAAUCUCGAUCUCCACCAUCCCUGGAGUUACAUCUUCGUCAAUCUGGGCCUGGGAACCGACUACCCGACCUUCAACAUCUCCCUCAUCAAUCCCUUCCUCAACGAGACGGGAAACGGCACUCUUUGCCUGCCAGAAGUUACCCUGCCAGCCGGGAUCAGCCCAGCGGAUGGCACAAACGCCAGUAUCCAAGUGGUGGCCGUUGGUGAAACGGGCAGUGCUCUGUAUAACUGCGCAGACAUUGUGUUCAAGAACGAUACUGAGACUCUUAGCGCCGAUAAAUGCUCAAACUCCACGGGCGUUUCGGUCUCGGUUGUAGCACAAGAAGUUAAUGGCUCAACACCCUCCACUUCUACUUCCUCGGCAGCUGCCUCAAGCUCGACGAGGGCUUCUGCUGCCUCUGCUGUAGGUUCGAGCCCGGUGAUCGUAGCUGGUGUGGUUGCUGGCUUGGGAGCGCUCCUGAUGAGUUGGUUCUUGUGA